AUGGCGAAGGUCCCAAAAGCCGACGAGAUCCGUUGCAUGAACCUGACGGCUGCUGCGUCCUGCGUCUUCCACUUCAAGGUCGAAGGCUACUCCUUCACCAGGGAGGCUGCCAAGAGCGCCUUCCUCCACUGCUACAAGUCGGAUAAGUUCAGCGUCGGUGGCUAUGACUGGCAAGUCCGCUACCACCCCGACGGCGAGGCUUCCGGCUGCUUCGACCUCGUCCUCCAACUUCUGUGCCUAGCAGAGGAGGAUGUGGCGGUGAGGUUCGCGUGCACGGUGCUGUGCAAGUCCGGAGACCCCUUAAAAGAAAUGGAGGUGGCCGCAACGGGCAACAUACUAGGUUUUUGCGACGAGACGGUGUUUGCCCCGAGAGAACUCCGGGUUUCCAUGGGGCAUGGAGAAGCGGCAGAGUUCGUCAUGGUUGACUGCCUUGCGCUGCAUUACACCAUUUCGGUCCUCAAGAAACCUUUUUGA